AUGGAAAUCAGCAAGAGGAAACGGGGGUUGAGCAAGUGGCGGAAAAUGAUGUUCGUGACCACUUUGGGGAACCAAGAGGAGGCGGUUCAAGAGGAGGGCGAGGAAGGAGAACUCUGGUGGAAUGAAGUGAUUGAGGAGGAGGAAGCGGAGAAGUUAGAAGAGGAGAUGGCGGAUCAGGUGGAACAGCGAGAAAUCACUGAUAUGCAAGUUGACGGGAGUGAAAAACUGGAGACUCUAGUCGGUGUGGAGCAAUUUGUGGAGUUGGAAGCAAAGGAGGUGGGGAAGGGUAAACAAGGGAUGGAGAGGAAAACAGGGGCAAAGAAGAAAGUGUUUCGGACUGCAGUCGGUGUUGGAGGAGGUCCACUCCGGCGUGUUGUUCAUGGUGCUAAAACACCGAAACGCAAGACGACUGCAAAGGGGACAAAGGAGACAAGGUGA